UCCAAAGUAACUUCUAGGGUUUCAGAAUCUCCGAAAUUUGCUCUCUUUCCUUAAAUUUUGAUUAGAGGUAAAAAAAAAAAACUUUAAAGCUAGGUUUUCCGCGAUUUUUUCGGUUGGUGUUGGGAAAAUAGGGAUUUUGCUUAGAUUGGAUGGUGCAGUUGAUGAGAUCGGGAACUCCUACGGCGGAACCCGAAGCGUGCCGGGACAAGGCGCCGGUGAAAUUGGAGAUCGUAGAGGAUUCUUUAGAGGAAGAACAUGGCCCUGUUAAUAAACGAUCCAAACUUUCUCCAAAUCUUCAACAGUGGACCUACGAUGGCAAUGCUUUCCCGAUCCCGCCAGCGCAAUACAACCCGUUGGAUGAGCCGAGCCCACUUGGUUUGAAGCUAAGGAAGAGUCCUUCACUUUUGGAUUUGAUCCAAAUGCGCCUCUCUCAAUCCCAAAGCGGUAGCUCAGCCGCCCAAGCUGAGAGCUUGAACUCUGGUGUCAAAAAGGAGAGUAAAGCUGUUGCCGCUACCGAUAAGCUUAAAGCCUCAAAUUUUCCAGCUUCCAUUCUUCGAAUCGGCCACUGGGAGUAUAAGUCGAGGUAUGAAGGUGAUUUAGUGGCCAAGUGUUAUUUUGCAAAGCAUAAGCUUGUCUGGGAGGUGUUGGAAGGUGGGCUUAAGAGUAAGAUUGAAAUACAGUGGUCGGAUAUUAUGGGUCUGAAGGCAAAUUGUCCUGAUAAUGGACCCGGGACUUUGAAUGUUGUGCUGGCUAGACAGCCCCUUUUCUUCCGGGAGACUAAUCCGCAGCCUAGAAAACACACCUUAUGGCAGACAACUUCAGAUUUUACGGAUGGUCAAGCUAGCAUACAUAGGCAACAUUUUCUGCAGUGUCCCCAAGGGUUGUUAAACAAGCAUUUUGAAAAACUGGUCCAAUGUGAUAUGCGUUUGAACUGUUUAAGCAGACAGCCAGAGAUAAUUUUGGAUUCACUGUACUUUGAAUCACGGAGUUCUGUUUUUGAGGAUCCCAGUGAACCUAAAGGGCAUGACUAUGGCCAAGGGGAGACUGGUAAAGGAUCUACUAGCUCUGGCUUCCAGAAUAUAGCAUCACCUGUUGCAGCUCACUCCUCGUCUUUGGAGAUUGAGAAAGGGGAUUCUGCUGCCAUAACCUCGGAAAAUAUGUCUAGGGAAGCUCCGUCUCCCAGUUCAGGAAGCGGAGUUUGUGAAGCAGUGGAUUCAAAGGGGCCUAGAAAUUGGGACCAGAUAAAAGUGCCGGGACUUCACCCUUCUAUGUCCAUGAGUGAUCUUAUGAACCACAUUGGACACCGUCUUUCAGAACACAUGACCUCCGAAAAUCCAUCCUCUGAAAAUAGACCAGACUGCCAGGAAAUGCUGGAGGAUAUUGCACAAUACCUUCUGAGUGACACUCAAUUUACAACAGCCUCUGAUGAGAAAUCCCUCAUGUCAAGGGUGAAUUCUCUGUGUUGUCUUUUGCAAAAGGACAAUACAACAGGCACAAGCUCACAGGCAAAUGGAGAAAAUUACGAUGGACGUGAUGAUGGAAAAGAUGUUCAGCUAAACAGAAGUCAUGGGUUUGAGUUCAAUAUUACGGGCAAGGAUGAUGUGAAGGCUUUUGAAGGGGAAACAAAGGAAGUGUCUAGUAGCAGGCAGGCGCCAGGCAUGUCAAGAAAAGACUCGUUUAGUGAGUUGCUGCUUCAUCUUCCCCGAAUCGCAUCGCUCCCCAAGUUCUUGUUUAACAUUUCAGAAGAAGAUGGAGAGAGACAAGCUAGAUAAGAUAGUUUUCUUGUUUAUAGACUGUGUAAAACAAAUGAUAAGAAAAAAAUAUUAAGCGAAUUUCCCAAUCUCCCUCUUGUUAGUUGGAAAUGUGAUAUGCUUGUAUAUUAUAUCAAAUGUCUGUUGAGGGGUGCUUGGACAAUGGGAUUUUUCAGGAUUCGGAGAAUUCUUUUGAUGAAGAAUUCCGGUAAAUCCCAUAUGAAAACCUUAGGUGUUCUUUUUAGCAAAUGCAUUAUUUGAUGUAAUAUCUCAAGCAGAUUGUUUGUUGGUUCUAUCUUAAUUUGUAAGUAAACUGUAAUUGAUGUCUCAUUUUCCA